AUGUUCACGAAUUACCUUCGCAGCGAGAGAGCAGCCAAAGAUCCGAAGCAUAUCAGACUUCCUGUUCUCUUCGUUUAUGCUGUGGACGUAAUUGGAGUGUUUGGAGGAUGUGCGUUGGUGUAUGUGGUGCGUCGCUACUUCUUUCUCUGUAUUCGCGCGAUCCAACGAAGGAGGUUGACGAAUACGAAGUACAUGUUCAACAAUUGGAACGAUGCGUCAAGUACGAGCGGUAUCCUCGAAUGGCCCUUCCAUAUCAUCGUUAUCACCUCGGUCCUGAGUUCGAUAGCAGUGCAGUGCUUCAUGGUACGGCGAUACUGGCUCUUCUCCCGCAUUAAACCGAUCACCGCCAUUCUUUUGGGGUUAUCCUUCGCGUCGUUCUUCGCUGCAAUAAGUGCCAUAGUCCUCUUUUUCGUCUUCAAUCGACUAGAUGAGAGGAGGAACCACAUCGCCGCUGUUCUCGUGACGAUGGCGCUGGCGGUCGCAGCUGACGUCGCCAUCUCUGGAUGUCUCAUCUACAAACUAUGGCAUUCUCAAAUCCACUCGCGCGAAACUCGGAGCUUGGUGAAACAGGUGACCCGGCUCUCGAUAAUGGCGGGCUGCGCCCCAGCGUUGAACUCGAUCGCCAUUCUCAUCCCCAUCGCUAUUGCACCCACCACCCUUGUUCCAACAGGCUUAGGAUUACCUUUGGGAAGCGUCUACUCCUGCACGAUGCUCUACACGCUGAAUCGUCGAGAGUCGAUGCGAGCAAGUAAACAAUCUUGGAUUCACUCCGGCGUGGUUGGACCAGUCAUACUCGAAUACGCCACGGCAACCAUGCCUCCUCCUGCUCUACGGAACACCUCCAACUCGUCUCGACGCUUUUCGUUGCUCGAGUUCCCGGACAUGUUCGCCCAUAUGCUCAAGCGUAGACCAUACAUAGACAACCCCUUGAUGCUUCAUUUUCCAAGGACCGAAGAUGCAGCUGUGAAGAAGUUCGCGUUCCUCGUCAAUCAACUUGAUCCAGAACUGCGGAAACCGGGCCUCAAUGACCCACCAGAUGCUCACCGACGCUGGGACGUCAAGAUCCAAAACGCUUAUUGGGCUAUCAUAGGCAUCUCGCUCAUCAUGAUGUGGGCUUCGAGCCCCGAGAUAUCAUCCGAGGACGCUAUCCCUGUGGUCAAGCACCGUAUUUCGUUGAUUCUUAUCGACAAUCUGGAGCUUGUCCUCGCCUGGGUUCGUCAACUUCUCCGCGAAAAGAGAGUAGACCUGCCCACGAUAAUCUCAUUCUUGGCGAUAGUCAUGGUUAGCAAAGGAGAUCUCGUUGUUGCAGUUCUCAACUCCCCAUGUGCAGUCGAGUGUGCCAUCCUGUUGUUGACUUCCGAAGGACCUCAGUCAGGCUUGUUCACCCCCGAGACGUGGUGGUCGAUCGCGGGCACGGUCCUCACUCAUCAAGCGGCACGUCGAAAUCUCUUCGAACAGCUGAAAAAACUACCAACGUCGGUCGUCAAAACGUACAUAGGCAACACCCUUUCAGCACUGGAUGGUAUCCAAACCAAUAUCGACAACGCACGCGCCGGGUACGCCGCCCGAAAAAGCAUCUGUGACGGUAUCGCCCGAAUGGGGGCAGCGCUUGAAUUCCUCCUCUGUGACCCAGACCUCGCACGCCAUCUCCUCUCCCAGGAUUACCACCGACGCUUCGUGAAGGUUGCCACCAACGCCCACAGAAUCGUCACCGAUCCCUUUCAUCGACGUCUCCUCGCUGACUCCAUUGCCCUUACCUUCCUGCUGUCAGGCUACCACCCUCGUCACACUCCCAAGAUUGUAGUCGAUCUCCUUCAGAUGGAUACACUCCCUGUUCUCUUGGACGGCCUUCAAAUAUCGUCAACCGCGCAGGAAGCUCAAAAUAUCAAGAAUUCGCUCAUGCAUAUCACCUACCACAUGAACUAUCGCCGUGUCUACGUAGCUGUGAACGAAGCAUGGAACGCGAUUCCAGAUUCGGCGAUGGCGUGGGUGCAGGAGAAGUUCAGAGGCAACCCUUUGGAUCUCACCCCAGGAGCCCACGCGUGGUUUGUCUUCUUCCUGUUUGGACCCCAGCUGCGCCAGGAAGUGUUGUUGAAAUCUUGCGUUGGAGAUCCAUCGCCAUGCCAAAAUCUGCACCAUCUUGCCAUUGGAGAAUCGGGUCAAUUCAAGGUCUGUAGUCGGUGUCGUUCGGUUACCUACUGCGACGCGAAAUGUCAAUCCGACGACUGGGAGCGUGUCCACAAGUACGAAUGCAGGAAUCUGCGCUAUGAUCACGAUCAACUCGUUGGCCAGAACCGCUGGGUAUCCCACCAUAUGCGACGGGUUCUUCUGCUCUGCAUGCAACGUCAUCUCGACUCUGUCGGAGACUCCGAGUUCGUCAGAGAAGCGAUGGAUACGCUCGUGGCCAUAUAUGGAACAGACGCACUCAAAACCAAGCCCGGUAUUUUUGCAUCCACUCGAUUUGACGGUAGUAACCAAAAUCCAGAAAAAUGGGUAGCGAUUGAGAGGUAUCGACGCCGUGCAGAGACGUGGUCGUCUUGGUCUCCUGUACGGUUCGAGAGUCUUGUAGCGGAGACUAGGGCGAACGACGAUCUCUUCUUGUUCGUGUACACGUUUUCGUCUGGGAUUGUCGGUCCCAAGUAUCAUUUUUUGGUGUUGGUUGAUACGUCGAACCCUACUCGAGUUUCGCAGGCAUCGUACCCCUCGCGUUUUCGGUAUGGGAUGUUGCAGAUGGAGCAUCGACCUCGCCAGUUGAUCUGGUCGGAAGAGUGUGAGGAAGAGUGUUGUAGGUGA